AUUUAUUUUUAACAUUAUUUUCCUUUUUUAGACUCAACCCUUUAUUCCUAUCUCUUCUCUCCUUCAUUUUCUCAAUAUUUGAUGCAAAUCUGUUUCCUUUUGAAGUUUCUUUUCUUGCUGCCUUAAGAGUUCAAUUCAACCUUAAGAUUUCUGUUUGAUUGGUUGCAAAUCAAGAUGGUGAGAGGGAAGACGCAGAUGAAGCGUAUAGAGAACGCAACAAGUAGGCAAGUAACGUUUUCAAAGAGAAGAAAUGGUUUGAUGAAGAAAGCAUUUGAGUUAUCAAUUUUGUGUGAUGCUGAAGUUGCUCUUAUUGUUUUUUCACCAAGAGGAAGAAUUUAUGAAUUUGCUAGUUCAAGCAUUCUAGACACAAUUGAACGAUACCGCAGUCAAAGACGGAUUAACAAUACUCCAACAGCAUCUGAAUCUGCUGAAAAUACUCAGCGUUUGAAGGAAGAAGCAGAAAACAUGAUGAGAAAGAUUGAUCUUCUUGAGACAUCAAAACGAAAAUUCUUAGGAGAAGGUUUAGGGACUUGUUCCGUUGAUGAACUACAAAGGAUAGAGCAACAGUUGGAGAACAGUAUAACCAAUAUUCGAGCAAAAAAGGCUGAGGUUUUCAGGGAACAAAUUGAUCAGUUAAAAGAAAAGGAAAAAACCCUAGUUGCUGAAAAUACCAGACUCUCUGAGAAGUAUGGUAGUUAUUCAUUAAAGGCAGCAAAAAACAAUGAAAAAGAAAAUAUAGGUGAAGGUGAAGCUUAUGCAGAUCAAAGUGGUCCAAAUUCAGAUGUGGAGACUGAGUUGUUCAUUGGUCUUCCAGAAACAAGAACAAGAAGAAUUUCUUCAAAGUUAAGGAAUAAUUAAUCUCUCUGACUAUGAAAAAAAAUAAGAGUAAGGAAAAAUAUUUCCUCCCAUCAUUCAGAUAAAUAAUAAUAAUAAGGUGAAUU